UUGUUAACUUUUGCUUUAAGAAUUUACGCCUGCGAGUAUUGUGGUAAACGUGGGCGACGAAACUAUCUCAAGGCUCAUAUUAGGACCCAUACUGGCGAAAAGCCCUUCAGCUGCGAAACAUGUGGACGUAGUUUUGCCGACGGAAGUACGCUGCGUCGUCAUCGCUUAGUGCACUCUGGAGAGAAGAAGCAUAAUUGUCCAAUCUGUGGCAGAGGAAUCGCGCGAAAGGAUAACGUUAAAACUCAUAUUCGCAGCCACGGUUGGCAUACAUUCGAGACGCAGCUCAACAUUAUGGACAAGAUGGCUCGACCCAAUGAAACGUUUGGACUGGAAAUGGCCAAACUGAACAGUCUUGUAAGUAUUCGGUUUUCUUAAGC